AUGCAGAAGAGCGUGCGUUAUAACGAAGGCCACGCGCUGUUUCUGUCCGUGGUGGCGCGUAAAGAGGGAACCAAGCGCGGCGUCCUGUGCAAGAAGACCACAGAGAACAGCCGCUGGCACGACAAGUUUUUUGCUCUUUAUCAGAACCUACUUUUCUACUUUGAAAGCGAGCAGAGCGCACGACCCGCAGGAAUUUACCUUUUGGAAGGAUGCACGUGCGAGCGCACCCCGGCUCCAAAAAUGUCCACGACUGGAAAAGAGAUGAUGGACAAACAGCAUUACUUCCAAAUAGUUUUUGGACACGAAGGACAGAAGCCACUGGAGCUGCGCACAGAGGAGGAGAACGAGUGCGACGAGUGGGUGGAGGUGAUCCAGCAGGCCAGUUACUCCGACAUCAUCAUCGAGCGCGAGGUGCUGAUGCAGAAAUACAUCCACCUGGUUCAGAUCGUGGAGACGGAGAAGGUGGCGGCCAAUCAGCUGCGGACUCAGCUGGAGGACCAGGACACGGAGAUCGAGAGGCUUAAAUCUGAGAUUGUGGCGUUGAACAAAACCAAGGAGCGGAUGCGUCCGUACCACGCCCCGCAGACGAACGAAGACCCCGACAUCAAAAAGAUCAAAAAGGUGCAGAGCUUCAUGCGUGGCUGGCUCUGUCGGAGGAAGUGGAAGAUCAUCGUUCAGGAUUACAUCUGUUCUCCUCACGCCGAGAGCAUGAGGAAACGCAACCAGAUCGUCUUCAACAUGGUGGAGGCCGAGACCGAGUACGUGCACCAGCUGUACAUCCUGGUGAACUGCUUCCUGCGGCCUCUGAGAAUGGCGGCCAGUUCCAAGAAGCCUCCCAUCAACCACGACAACGUCAGCAGCAUCUUCCUCAACAGUGAGACCAUCAUGUUCCUGCACGAAAUCUUUCACCAAGGACUCAAGGCUCGGAUCGCCAACUGGCCGACGCUGGUGCUGGCCGACCUGUUCGACAUCCUGCUGCCCAUGCUCAACAUCUACCAGGAGUUUGUGCGGAACCACCAGUACAGCCUGCAGGUCCUGGCCAACUGCAAACAGAACCGGGAUUUUGACAAGCUCCUCAAACAGUAUGAGUCCAACGCCGCGUGCGAGGGACGGAUGCUGGAGACCUUCCUCACCUACCCCAUGUUCCAGAUUCCCCGCUACAUCAUCACUCUGCAUGAACUCCUGGCUCACACGCCUCACGAACACGUAGAGCGGAAAAGUCUGGAGUUCGCCAAAUCCAAACUGGAAGAACUGUCCAGAGUGAUGCAUGAUGAAGUGAGCGACACAGAGAACAUCCGGAAGAACCUGGCCAUCGAGCGGAUGAUCGUGGAGGGAUGCGACAUUCUGCUGGACACGAGUCAGACCUUUGUGCGCCAGGGCUCGCUGAUCCAGCUGCCCUCUGUGGAACGGGGGAAACUCAGCAAAGUUCGCCUGGGAUCGCUGUCCCUCAAAAAGGAAGGAGAGAGACAGUGUUUUCUCUUCACCAAACACUUCCUCAUCUGCACGCGCAGCUCCGGAGGCAAACUACACCUGCUCAAGCAAGGCGGCGUGUUGUCCCUGAUCGACUGCACCCUGAUCGAGGAGCCAGACGGCAGCGAGGAGGACUCCAAAGCCGGGCAGGGCUUCGGUCAGCUCGACUUUAAACUGGUCAUCGAGCCGUCAGACCUGCCGUCCUUCACCGUGGUUCUGUUGGCGCCGUCGCUGCAGGAGAAGGCUGCAUGGACCAGUGACAUCAGCCAGUGCAUUGAUAACAUUCGCUGUAAUGGCUUGAUGACAAGUGUGUUUGAAGAGAACUCCAAAGUGACCGUGCCUCAUAUGAUCAAAUCCGAUGUCCGUCUCCAUAAAGAUGAUGUUGACAUUUGCUUCAGCAAGACGCUCAACUCGUGUAAGGUCCCGCAGAUCCGCUACGCCAGCGUGGAGCGCCUCCUGGAGAGGCUCACAGACUUACGCUUCCUGUCCAUUGACUUCCUCAACACCUUCCUGCACACGUACCGGAUCUUCACCACGGCGGCUGUGGUCAUGGACAAACUUGCCGACAUCUACAAGAAGCCCUUCUCCUCCAUCCCCAUCAGCUACAGGACGCAGUAUCACUCAUUUGAUCGUCUGUCCAUCUCAUCCAUCUGUCCCGACUACAGCACCAGGAUCAAGAAGAUAACCAUCGACCAGUCCAAGUCUCUGGAGUUGUUCUUUGCCACGAGCCAGAACAACAGAAGCGGCGAGCACGUCAACGACAAAUCUCCUCGUCUUUGCCGCAAGUUCUCUUCGCCGCCGCCGCUGUCCAUCCCGUCGCGCAGCUCGUCCCCCGUGAGGACGCGAAAGCUCUCCCUGCACUCCCCCGUGGCCUCUAGGGCGGGGGGCCUGGACCUCAGCGGAGCCACAAACAACCACACGGCGGGGUCGCAGUCCGCAGCCAGCAGCCCAACCUCCGCUCCCUGCACGCCUCAGACUCCCGCGGUCUCCCCCCCACCUCCCCCAUGCACCUCCCCUCCCCACAGUAACGGCCGGCUGCCCCAGGACCAGGCCUCACCCACUCCGCUGUCACCGGAGCAGAGUCCAGGGGCGGAGGGCGAGGAGCUGCCCCGAGCCGACGCCUUCUGUGGGAAACUCCGCCGCAGCAUCCGCAGAACCGUGCUGGAGUCUGUGUCAUUGGAAAAGAUCCUGCCUGAAUCUCCCCAAAGCAGUGAAGCUGGAGACAUGUCGCCAUGCCGCUCCCCCUCCACGCCACGCCACCUCCGCUACCGCCAACCCGGAGUGCAGUCGGCUGAAAACUCCCGACACGCGGUUUCUCCGGCUUCGGCUUUUGCGAUCGCCACGGCAGCAGCAGGACACGGGACUCCACCAGUGUUUACAAACUCAGAACGAACCUGUGAUAAAGAGUUCAUCAUCCGCAGAGCCGCGACCAACCGCGUCCUGAACGUGCUGCGCCACUGGGUCUCCAAGCACUCCCAGGACUUUGAAAUGAACGCUGAGCUGAAGAUGUCUGUGGUGUGUCUCCUGGAGGAAGUCCUUCGAGACCCAGACCUGCUCCCACAGGAGCGGAAAGCCACCGCCAACAUCCUCAGUGGCCUCUCUCACGACGAGAUGGAGGAGGCUCAGCUGAGGAUCGAGGACAUCUUACAAAUGGCGGACUGUCCAAAAGCAGAGUGCUUCGAGUCUCUGUCUGCGAUGGAGCUGGCCGAGCAGAUCACUCUCCUGGACCACAUCGUCUUCAGAAGCAUCCCCUACGAAGAGUUCCUGGGCCAGGGCUGGAUGAAAGUGGACAAGACCGAACGCACUCCGUUCAUUAUGAAAACCAGCAAACACUUCAAUGAUAUGAGUAACCUGGUGGCGUCUCAGAUCAUGACGCACACAGACGUGGGGUCCAGGGCCAGCUCCAUAGAGAAGUGGGUGGCGGUGGCCGACAUCUGCCGCUGCCUCAACAACUACAACGGGGUCCUGGAGAUCACCUCAGCCCUGAACCGCAGCGCCAUCUACAGGCUGAAGAAGACCUGGGCCAAAGUCAGCAAGCAGGUGGAGCUGGUGCAGAUGGUGGUGGACGGUGUCAACUACUUGAUCGAAUGUGAGAAGCGGCUGGAGAGAGGCCAAGACAUAAAGAUCCCGGCUCCACUCCCUCAGUUCAGGAAGUGA